AUGAGCCAACCGUCUUCCCAAACAACAGGGUACCGCCAAUACGCCGACAUACCCCAGAAAGCGCAAAACGACGCAGACAUGGGGAUUUAUUCGGCUGUUUACUCGGGUGUCAAUGUCUACGAGAUGGAAGUCAACAACGUCGCUGUCAUGCGGCGCCAGACCGAUGGUUGGCUUAACGCGACACAGAUCCUCAAGGUUGCGGGAGUGGAUAAAGGCCGCCGCACCAAGAUCCUCGAGAAGGAGAUCCAGACAGGGGAGCACGAGAAGGUGCAGGGAGGCUAUGGGAAAUAUCAAGGGACUUGGAUCCCAUUCGAGCGCGGUUUUGAGGUCUGCCGGCAGUACGGCGUGGAGGAGCUUCUGAUGAGGCUCUUGACGCACAACAAGCGCGGUCAGGAAGGGGGGUUAGCCGAUGUCGACACGCCGACCAAAGAACAAGCCAUGGCAGCCCAACGAAAGCGAAUGUACAACGCGAGCUCGCAGGAGAACCGCGCCAAUGGCCUGUCCGGCACCUUCUUCAAGAACAUCUCCUCCACAGCGUCACACGCCAUAAACGCAAUCAGCAAGGCUCGAUUCGACUCCCCCGGGCCAAGAAACCGCAGCGGCCCUAGUCGCGCGCCCAGCUUCCACCGUCAGUCCUCCAUACAGGAUGCCAGCGAUUUCCCCCCGAACUCCCAGCAGAGCUUCGUAUCCGACUAUGGUCAUGCCGACUCGGCCUUUGGGUCCCAAAACACACAACCGCCGCCUGGCGAAAACGACCAGCCGCCCAGGAAACGCCAACGAGUUCUUACGCCAGCGAACAGUUUUGGCGGACUCACCCCGACCUACCCUCAACUGGAUGGGUAUGCGGCUAACUACCCGGGCUCGCCUACGGAACCGAACGAGUCGUUCAUCUACUCCCAGGCGGGCGUCCACUUGGAGCAGGAACCUAACUACGCCCCGGGCCCGCUCCGGCCCCUCCCGUAUGAUAUGUCUCCGGAGGCUGAGGCGAAGCGGAGCAUGCUCAUGGGCCUUUUCAUGGAUCCCAGCGGCCCGGAUGAGUCCAAGAGGAACGUGCUCCGCAACAUGAUCCCGCAGGAGCUCGACGCCCCGAUCGAUACCCAGAGUCACACUGCCUUGCACUGGGCCACAACUUUGUCCCGGAUGCCCCUUUUGCGGGCGCUUAUCGAGGCCGGCGCGAGCCCGUUCCGCGUCAACUCGUCGGGAGAGACCGCGCUCAUGCGGGCUUGCAUCGUCACCAACUCCAUGGACCAUAACUCGUUCCCCGAGCUGCUAGACGUUCUCGGCGUUACCAUCGAUGUGAGGGACGACAAGGGAAGGACAGUGUUGCACCACAUCGCUGUGACGAGUGCCGUGAAGGGAAGGAACUCGGCCAGCCGGUAUUAUCUCGAGAGCCUCCUGGAGUGGGUCGUGCGGCAGGGUAGCGCCCCGAGCAGCCAGAAUAUCCCGGGCAGUCUCAGCGCGCCGGCAAAGAUGGGCAUCGGCCGGUUCAUGAGCGAAAUUGUCAACGCUCAGGAUAGCAGCGGUGAUACUGCGCUGAAUAUUGCCGCGCGAAUCGGCAACCGUAGCAUCGUCUCGCAGCUUCUCGAGGUGGGCGCCGACCCGAAUAUUGCCAACCGUGCGGGCCUGAGGCCUGUAGACUUUGGCAUUGGUACAGAUGCAGAGGACAAUCGAAACGGCGAGCCGUUGGACAAGAACGGUACCUCGCAGGGCGGUUCUAACCAAAAGAACAAGGAGAAUAGCGACGAGGUGGUAAACUCGAUUACCCACUUGAUCACCGAGUCAUCAUCACUGUUCCAAAACGAACUAAAGAAGAAGCAAGAAUCCAUCGACACACUACACAGCUCCCUCCGCACCACGUCAGCCCAGGUCGGCGAAACCCGCCGCAUGGUGGAGUCCCUGCAGGAAAAGCUCAAGGCGCAACAGCUGGCCAGGCAGAAGGUGUUUAACCUCAAACGAGCCUGCCAAGAGGAAGAAUACCAGCUUGUCCAACUAGAGCAGCGCCACGGCCGGCUAGACGUAGACUCGGCCAACGCGUGGGAGAUGGACCUCGAGAUGGUACUGGACGGGAUCGCCGCAGCCAGCACGCAACACCAACCACAACAACAGCAACAACAACAACAACAACAACAACCGCCCGCGGACAACGGGUACUACGCCGGCUCGGCGGAGGAGCAGAUAUCGCGGCUGCCCAACGCCGCGGUCCUCCGGGCGCGGGUCAACGCGCUCCGCGAGCGGUCGGCGCAGACGCACCAGGCGGUCGAGGCGCUCCAGGCGCGGAGCAAGGACAGGGAGCUCGGGUACCGGCGGCUGGUGGCGCUGUGCACGCGGCGGCCCGAGACCGAGGUGGACACGUUGUUGGAUACGCUGACCAGGGCGGUCGAGUCGGAGAAGGGCGAGCUGGAGAUUACGAGGGUCCGGAGGUUUCUUGGUGGGGUGGAAGGGGUUGCGUGA